GCAUAUGCAGGCUUGCACAGCUUUAUUUUGUGCAUCAGGAUUUUCACUGCUCUAAUAAGGCUUAAAUUCCAUGCAACAUUUAUUCAGGUUGUGAAAAAAGAUGCAUCACUCAAUCCUUCUCACGUUGUUACUUCUAUGUAUGCCAUACACAAUUUAUGCUGGUAAAAUUUUGGUAUUUCCAGUUGAUGGAAGCCACUGGAUUAAUAUGAAAAUUCUUAUUAUGGAAUUACACUCGAAGGGUCAUGAUGUUACAGUGAUCCGAGGUUCAGACAGUUGGUAUAUCAAGGAAGAGUCACCGUACUACAGUUGCCUCACCAUUGAUGCUGGCACAUUUGAUGAUGAUUUCAUUGAUAAAUUUGUGCCUCGUAUGCUGGAAAUACGAAAAGAAGAAGGAUCCAUUUGGGAACAGAUGAUGCUAGGAGGAGAGAUAUUAGUGAAGUUUGCUGGGUUUCAUGAGAAGUUUUGCAAUAUGACUGCCGUGAUAUUUGAAAAUAAGGACCUGAUGAAUUCCCUCCAAGACGCAAAAUAUGAAGUGAUGUUGACAGACCCUGCUUUUGGCGGAGGUGUAUUACUAGCACAUAAACUUGGCCUUCCUCUUGUAUUCAACGUGCGAUGGACUAUUCUUGGGGAAGGCCACUUUGCUAUUGCUCCCUCUCCUCUGUCUUAUAUACCUGUUCCUGGAGCAGAGCUAACAGACAGGAUGACCUUUUCCCAGAGAGUUAAGAAUGUGAUUCUUUACUUUUUGAGUUACUAUCAGCAGUUAAAACAUUUCGGCCAGACUUACCAGGCUUUUUGUGAGAAAUACUUUGGCCCUGACGUGGAUUAUUUCUCCCUGUUUCAAAAUGCAGACAUCUGGCUAAUGAGAAAUGACUUUACUUUCGAGUUUCCUCGACCCACAAUGCCAAAUGUGAUCUACAUAAGUGGUUUCCAAUGCACACCCUCUAAACCACUUCCUGCAGACUUGGAAGAGUUUGUUCAGAGUUCAGGGGAGCAUGGGGUCAUCAUCAUGUCUUUAGGAACUGUUUUUGGAAAACUCCUAAAUGACCUUACUGAUGAAAUUGCAGCAGCAUUUGCCCAGGUACCUCAGAAAGUUAUUUGGAGACAUAACGGAACUCGGCCUGCUACUCUUGGCAACAACACAUUACUUGUAGAUUGGAUGCCACAAAAUGACCUUCUUGGACAUCCCAAGACUAAGCUCUUUGUUGCCCAUGGAGGAACCAAUGGAGUACAGGAGGCUAUUUAUCAUGGGGUUCCCCUUUUAGGUGUACCUUUAGCUUUUGAUCAGCCAGAUAACCUCUCGAGGAUGAAUGCAAAGGGAACAGCUAAAAUUGUGGACAUUUCUAAGUUGAACAGAGUUGUGUUUUUGGAGGCAUUGAAAGAGGUGCUGUUUAAUCCAUCUUACAAGGAGAACAUGCAGAGGCUGUCUCGGCUACAUCGGGACCAGCCUAUGAAGCCCAUUGAUCAAGCAGUAUUCUGGACUGAAUAUGUAAUGAGAAAUAAAGGUGCUCCUCAUCUGCGCUCACAGUCUUAUAAGAUGUCCUGGAUUGCAUACCACUCCAUAGAUGUUAUAUUCACAUUGUUGGCAGCUACGGGGAUUAUUAGUUGGCUAACAUUUAUGCUGAUGAGGUGUCUUUGUUUGCGAGUACUGUGUAAGAAGAAAACCAAGCAUUAAUAAUAAAUUUAGUUUAAAAAUAAAGUUGUUGAAGUUUUGUAGACAAGUGCUAUAACCUUGUGCUAAAAAUUCUGUGUUAAAAUCUAUAUGAGCUAUCCAUAGAACAAAUGUUUAAACUGUUUUAUUUGUGAAACUUUUUUGAGUUAGUGAUUAUGCAAACUUAACUGUAAUUUCAAAUAUUUAAACAAAUAAAAAAAUUUAAACUUCAAAUAUUAAAAAACCUAUUUAAACUUAUAAACCUUUCAGGUACAUCUGUACAUUUCUAAAAGUAGCAAUAACAGCAGAGUUUUGAAUGCCGUUGUCCAGUCCAGUUUGGUGAUUUUCAUGCUUUAAUAUAGUAACAUUCUAAUAAAUAUGACUUCAAAUUCAAAGUGUUUGUACAGUUUGUACAGUAAAAUAAUGUUUUAUUUUGUAAAUGUAAUUGCACUCAUAAGAAAUAACAGUCUUUUUCUCUCUGCACUGCACAAAAUUUGGCAUGCUAUUCUGAUAAAUAGGCUUAGAGAUACUUUGACAAAACACCCACAUCAAUAAACACUGCUAAGUGCCAAAUUAGCUUACAUAAAAUGGACCAACGGAAUGUGUAUUGUGGUCUGAUCUGCUGACUCUUUCUCAGGCCAAAUAAAAAUAACAUAGGUUGUCAUGAAAUGCUGGUGUGUUAGUGUACUUAGCAACUCAGAUCUCUAAGGGCAUUAUUAAUGCUGGAAGAUAAAUACACAUUUUGAGGCAACAUCUUUUUAAGAGAUGUCCAUACUUAUUUUAAUAUCACGUUACAAUAUAGUAUAACUGUGUUUUUAGAGAGCGGGUGCUAGAUUGGUUUGCCUGUAGUUCAGACAAAGUUUGCAAAAUGAUUGCAACGAUAUAACAUGAAAUUAGUAAUGAGCUUUAAUUUCCGAAAGAAAAACAAGCAACCUUUUAACUUUAUAAGGUACAAUUUAAAAAAGUCAGUUUUAUUUAUUUAGGUAAAUUACAAAUAACUGCUUUCUAGCAUUUCACAUACUAUUCAAUGAUAGGGUUUAUAACAGGGCAAAUAAAGUACAUGUAAAAGUUACUUCUCAAAGUUAAUUUUUAUAUCUGGAUUACACUUCUGUUAGUAAAUGAUUCCUUUAAUUUAUAAUUUAACAACUGCUAAAAUUGCAUUUUGUUUAUCUGUAGUUCUGACUGAGAUAACAUACCUUGUUUGUGAUUUAGUCAUACCAGCUAACUGUUAAUUGUAGAAAAUAGCAUGAUUGUUCACAUGAUCAUUUGAGAAAACACAAAUAAGAUGUAUUUUAUUUUCUUUCCCCCUCAGUUUCUUGAAGGCUAAAUAAUGAGUUUGUAUUUGUUAUUUUCAGAAGAGUUCAUCUAAUAUUAACUCUUAAUAAUUGUUAAUAAAACUAUUAUCUGAAAUA